AUGUCUCAGCUUCAUGCUAUUGUCUCUUUCGUCCCUUCAUCAAAUUGUUUCGUGAAUCUUCCAUUUAAAUGGACACAAUAUCUUUCUGAACAAAAUCAGUUGCCACAAAAUGUUAUUCUAGAAUUAUCUUGGCAUGAUGCUAAAGCUGUACAAGGCAAAGCAUAUGUUGGAUGGUCUGGGCUUCCUUCAAAGGCUGAUCAUUCCGAUACUAUCGAAAUAGACCCACAAUUUGGCGAGGCUAUUGGUUUACACCAUGGUCAAAAGAUUUACAUUAAAAGUUUCGAAGAUAUAUUGCCAGAGACCAAUUCCGUAGAAGUUGAACCGAUUAGUUCUGAUGAUUGGGAAAUCAUAGAACGUAAUAGUAGAUAUUUAGAAGACUCUUUUAUUAGACAACAACGCGUUGUAUAUCCCAAUGAGGUUAUAGUGCUUUGGGUCAAUUCUAAUGUUACACGGAUAAAAAUCGUAAAUAUUAACUCAAAGGGCCCUUGUGCUAAAUUAAGCGAGAGUACAGAAAUUGUUGUGGCGCCUAAGUCAAGAAAACCAAAAAAUAGUGCAGAAUCUAAAGAUAUCACAUCAAACAACAUUUUUAAUACUCGUGUAUAUUGUUUGCGUGUUUUGCCUCAGGCGUUUCUUUCAUCUGAUUUGCUGCAACCAAGCGCCAAUGAUUUCUGUAUAGUAUAUAUUCAUCCGACUGAUUUUACGCGAAUCGGACUCCCAAAUCCUAAAAUUGUGCGUGUAUCCAAAAUACAACCAUCCCAUCAAAACAAGGAAACUGAAGAUAAAUCAGACAACGAUGGCAAAAAUCAUUCAUUACCAGCAUUAUAUGUUAAAGUACUGGUGAAGGACAGGGUGGUCCCUGGACAUGUCAUAUUGUGUGAGAGUAUAAUGGAUGCCCUGGAUGUGCAAAAGUUUGACAUAAUUCGCUUAGUGCCUUCAUAUUCGCAUUCUACUUCAUUAACUCACAUAAUAAUUCGAUGUAUAUCACACCCUUUUCAAUCUGCAUCUUUAAAACUUCAUUCUAAUUCCAGUUCAACACCUGUAGAUAGGUCCGUCGUUUCUACUAUAACUAAUUCAGUUAAUGCAUGGAUUGAGAAAUUAUCAGCAUCUUCGGACAUUGUCUUGACAAAUGGGAUGAAACUAUCUUUAUCAUCAGCAAAUAAUGAUAUAAAUGUUGUGGUUCUCUUUGGCGGAAAGCCAGUUAGUCAAAAUGAUGGUCGUCACGGAAAAAACGAUACUUUAGAAAUGUAUGCAAUAGUUUCAAAAAAUCAUUUGAAUAAUAAUGUAAAAAUAGAAAUUGGUGACAAUAUAUCUUAUCCUGAUCAUAAGCUUUUAAAACAACACAAUAAUGGUUAUCUUCCUCUACUAGCUGGCGUUGAAAAACUAUCUCAAAGGCUACAAGAAUAUCUCCGAUAUUGUCUCGGAAAAGCGGAUUUGCGGAAUGUUUUGCAUAUUCCAGCUUCUUAUUUAGAGCGAGAUCUAAAUACUCUAGCAUGUAAGUUAUCACUAACUUCGGCAAGUCUUGGAAUAGAUUUGACAAUAUGCUCAUUUUGUACAGAUUGCAGUGUCAUUAAAUGUACUGAAUUGUCAGAGGAUCGUAUAUCAUCUGUAAGAGAAAAGCUGCAAACCUGUUUCGAUGAUGCAGCCUGGCAUGCGCCUAGUAUACUUUUGUUUGACGACCUCGAUAGGUUAAUUCCAGCAGAAGUUGAACAUGUGGAUUCUUUUAGGUUUCGACAGUUAGCUGAAUGUUUUUUCCAUAUUGCAUCAAAGAUGCUAAAAAGACAUCGUAUCACAAUUUUGGCGACAGCACAACAAAAAUCUUCUAUUCAUUCGUUUCUAACUACAAGUCACUUGUUUAGUGAAAUCGCUCAAUUGAAUCCACCAACGAAAACAGAAAGAUGUGAGAUUCUUAAGGCGAUAAUGUCUUGUGGUCCUGAACUUGCCAAUAAAAGCGUAUCGAAUAUUGAUUUGCUUUCUGUGGCAAGUGAAUGUGAAGGUUAUUUGGCAGCAGAUCUUAAAACACUCGUAGAGCGAACGAUACAUGAGGGUGCAGUUAGGAAUUUACAAAACAAUAUUGACGAAGCUGAUUUCUUAUUAGUUCAAGAUGAUUUUCGAGAAGCUCAGAGAGGGUUUAUUCCCUUUUCACUUCGUGGCGUGAAAUUACACACUUCAGAUGUAAGCUGGACUGAUAUAGGAGGUCUUGAAGAAACGCGAAAGGUAUUAUUAGAGACAUUGGAAUGGCCUACAAAAUAUGCGUCUAUUUUUGCCAAUUGUCCUCUUAGGCUGCGAUCUGGACUCCUCCUAUAUGGAUUUCCUGGUUGUGGCAAGACACUAUUGGCAUCAGCUGUUGCAAAGGAGUGCGGACUCAAUUUUAUUAGUGUCAAAGGUCCUGAACUAUUAAAUAAAUAUAUCGGUGCUAGUGAAAAAUCGGUGAGGGAUCUCUUUGAGCGAGCGCAAGCUGCCAAACCCUGUGCCUUAUUUUUUGAUGAAUUUGAUUCUAUCGCACCUAAAAGAGGACACGAUAGCACAGGCGUUACGGACAGAGUUGUUAAUCAAAUGUUAACUCAAAUGGACGGUGCUGAAGGUCUUGACGGGGUAUAUGUUCUUGCUGCUACAAGUCGUCCAGAUCUCAUUGAUCCCGCAUUAUUGAGACCGGGACGUUUAGAUAAGUCGUUGUUUUGCAACAUGCCUACUUUACAAGAAAGAACUGAGAUCUUGAAAGCAUUGGCUCGAAAAUUGGAUUUAAAUGAUGAUGUUGAUUUAAGUUACUAUGCAAACAAAUGUCAAGGAUAUUCGGGAGCGGAUUUACAAGCAUUAUUAUAUAAUGCUCAUCUUGAAGCAAUUCAUGAAACUAUAGAUUCCGAGAAGUUCCUAGAAAAGAAAACGCCGAGCACUAAUGGCAGAGAUAUGCAAUUUGUCUGUUUCAGCGCGAGUUCAAAAGAUAGUACUACGUUGACGGCUGCUGAGAGAUCACAACUAACUGAAAGACUUGGACUCAUCAAAAAGGUACUUUCACCUGAAAAAGCUGUAGAUGAAGGAAAUGACAAAAAACAGAAUAGGCGAUCGGCGAUAAUUACAAACAAGCAUAUGCAAGGUUCAUUGAAAAUUACACGACCUUCAAUAACGCCACAAGAAUACGCAAGAUUAGCUUCAAUAUAUGAGGAAUUUAUUACUGGAAGAAACGGAGAAAUGCCAAGUGGAACAGCCAGUCACGAAAUUGGACAGAGGUCUACAUUGUGCUAA